AUGAAAUAAGAUAGUCCUCGUUUCAGAGCAGCUUUACUUCAUUCAAUAGAAUAAGAAAGAAGUAAAAAAUUGAUGGAUUUUAAUGAACUUUUGAAAGAAAAUGAAUUAACUUAUCUCAAAUUUGCAUUCAAAACAGAAGAAAGAUAAGAAAAUAUAUAUAUAAAGCAAUUUUAAAAAGGCACAAAUUUAUAAAGAACAGGUUUCAUAUUAUAUUGUAUCCUAAAGGAACAAUGAAUAUAUGUGAUCUAUGGUCAAAUGCUUAAAUCAAUAGGUAUUUAGAUAUUUCUAGAUUUACCAAAGAUAAAUUUCUACUACAAAAAUUAGCUAAAUAAAACAAUAAAUUCACUUAUAUUAGAAAGCCUAGUCCAUAUCUAUCUCAAACUCCUAGACCCUAACCUGUCUAAAAAAAAGAUCUUAAAUCUAUAAUCUAAGAGUUAAAUAUAUUGCAUAAAGAAAAUAAAAAACUAAGAUCUCAAAUUAAUCGUAAUAUAUAUUGUAAAACAGUCUAAUGUUGA